UUAAAUGUGUCUUUUAAAUAUGCAACUUUUUAAAUAAUACCUAUCUACAAUAUUAUUUGAAAUUAAAUAGUGGUAAUUUUUCGCACCAAAUCCAUAUUUGUAAAAGUGUUCAAUUUUAAAUAUAAAUGUACCAAUCUAUUGCUCGUAUCUUUUUCCAAUAAAAUACUAAAUAUCUUCCUCAUUUUCGAAUAUUUACUUCUUCUUAAAAUUAUACAAUUUAUCAUAUAAAUUUUUUGUGUUAAGUGGUACCUAUAUAGUGUCCUUGUAAGUUUAAAUCCUUGGAAAAUGUCCCUGGGCGUAACCUCGUAUCGGGGUUGAAGGCUGUGCUAAGUGAAAAUGUUAUUUUUCUUAUACUUUUAAAAAGUAGUAAUUAAAAAAAUAAUAAAUAAUGGCAGAAGAUGAAGUGCUUUUCGACGAUGUGUAUGAACUUUGCGAAAUCAUUGGCAAGGGUCCAUUCAGUCUUGUUAGACGUUGUGUGCACAGACAAACCGCUCAGCAAUUUGCAGUGAAGAUUGUUGAUGUUGCCCGUUUUACAGCAAGCCCCGGAUUGAGCACAGCAGAUUUGAAGCGAGAGGCAACAAUAUGCCACAUGUUGAAGCAUCCACACAUUGUGGAACUCCUAGAAACCUACAGCUCUGAAGGAAUGCUCUAUAUGGUGUUUGAGUAUAUGGAUGGAUCAGAUCUGUGUUUUGAGGUGGUCCGAAGAGCAACUGCUGGAUUUGUCUACAGUGAGGCAGUUGCAUGCCAUUACAUGCGUCAGAUCCUUGAAGCCUUGCGCUACUGUCAUGAAAAUGACAUAGUCCAUCGUGAUGUUAGGCCGCACUGUGUGCUACUCGCUGGAAGAGACAACUGUGCUCCAGUUAAACUUGGUGGGUUCGGCGUCGCUGCCCAACUGCCCACGCCUACUGCCCAUCGAGCUCCGCCAGAACUGGUGAUGGACAAUCGGCCCCUAGUGGGUCCCAUGGGCCAAGCUUAUCUCAAAUCAGACGAGUAUGGUCGCAUUGGUACUCCUCACUAUAUGGCGCCAGAAGUUGUGUCAAGCCAGUUGUAUGGCAAACCUGUGGAUGUAUGGGCCGCUGGUAUACUUCUCCAUGUCUUACUGGUCGGAUAUCUGCCCUUCACUGGAACAAGGGAACGAUUGUUUGAAGCUAUAUGCCGUGGGAGAUUGAGAUUUGAUGCACCCCUUUGGGAGGACAUAAGUGAUGCAGCCAAAGAUCUUGUUCAACGCAUGUUAACUGUUGACCACACUCAGAGGAUCAAUAUACAAGAAGUUCUUAACCAUCGGUGGAUAAGGGACCGCGACAAGCAAAACCGCAUCCACCUUGCAGCCACAGUUGAAGAGCUGAAGAAAUUCAACAGUCGACGACGAUUGAGGGCUGCGACUCUCGCCGCUGCAUCAGUAGAAGAUGAAGAGGAGGAAGAACAGCCGUCGAGAAGACAGGUGCUACUAGAAGAGGCCAAUGCAGCAGCGGUCAAUCUGUUAGUUGAAUCCCUGGAUGAUGUGGCUGUACUGCAGGAUGGCCCUGUGGUCAUGGACCCUGAUCUUUUUCAUAGCGUGCUCGACGAUCUGCAGUUACGCGCUUUGUUAGAGGUCUAUGACCGCAUAGCGUGUACGGUAGUGGUCACGAGCGGUCGUGCGCCCGCAGCCGAAGGCCGAGCACGUGCACGCGCCGCGUUGGACGCCGCUUCCCGCCCACGUGCCGCAACCGCUCCCGCCGGCGCUGCACCCGCUACUGCAGCCGCUAUACACGAGUUGCGACGGGUACUGGCUUCUCCAUAUGUCAAGGCCCUACUACAAGCUCACGAUGUGGUCGCGCGCGAAGUGUACGGUGAGGAGUCACUCCGCGCGUCUCCGCCACCUGUCAAUGGACGCGCACCACAGGCCACAGAAGAUGAGGAGGACACAGAGCCUGAAUUCGAGAACGUGACCAGAGUACGACUCGUUCAAUUUCAAAAGAACACUGAUGAACCGAUGGGUAUAACUCUGAAGUUGGCGGAUGAUGGUCGAUGCAUUGUGGCCCGGAUUAUGCAUGGAGGGAUGAUCCAUCGGCAAGCAACUCUUCACGUCGGAGAUGAGAUCAAGGAGAUCAACGGAACACCUGUCGCUAACCAAUCAGUCGCGCAGCUUCAAAGAAUGCUGCGCGAAGCGAGAGGCUCCGUGACCUUCAAGAUAGUUCCCUCAUACCGAUCCGCGCCUCCACCAUGCGAGCUAUUCCGGAUAAAGCCUUCGCCCGUUCUAAUUUUCGUCAGAGCGCAGUUCGACUAUGAUCCAUUAGAAGAUGAAUUGAUACCUUGCGCUCAAGCGGGGAUAGCUUUCACCACAGGAGAUAUCCUACAAAUUAUUAGCAAGGAUGAUUCACACUGGUGGCAAGCUCGAAAGGAUGCCUCAGGUGGUUCGGCUGGACUCAUACCAAGUCCUGAACUUCAAGAAUGGAGAGCUGCUUGCGCGGCUGCAGAGAAAUCUAAUACUGACCAAGUUGGAGCUGACGGAUGCGUCUCUCACACCGACGGCUGUGAGAAUACAGUGAACUGUUCAAUAUUUGGUCGGAAGAAGAAACAAGCUAAAGAUAAAUACUUAGCAAAACACAACGCUGUCUUCGACCAACUCGAUGUGGUGACAUAUGAAGAAGUCGUUAAAUUACCAACGUUCCAACGCAAAACUAUAGUACUCCUGGGCGCACACGGAGUGGGACGCCGUCACAUAAAGAACACACUUAUUUCUCGUCACCCGGACUUGUACGCCUACCCAAUACCACAUACAACACGCCCCCCGAGAGCCGACGAAGAGAACGGAAGACAUUAUUACUUCGUGUCCCACGACGAAAUGAUGGCGGACAUCGCGGCUAAUGAGUAUUUAGAAUACGGGACACACGAAGACGCAAUGUACGGCACGAAACUGGAAACAAUACGGCGAAUCCACUCGGAGCGACGUAUCGCCAUUUUGGACGUUGAGCCUCAAGCGCUCAAAAUCUUACGCACAGCGGAGUUUGCGCCUUACGUCGUGUUCAUUGCUGCACCGCCUCUCAAUAACGUUGCGGAUUACGACGGCUCGCUAGAAGUACUAGUACGCGAGUCCGAACAGUUACGUCGGACGUACGGUCACUAUUUCGACCUGUCCAUAGUGAAUAAUGACAUUGACGAUACUUUGGCCCAGCUGGAAGCCGCGUUGGGUCGUUUGCGAUCCACUCCCCAAUGGGUCCCCGUCUGCUGGGUGUAUUGACCAACCGACUGCUAUUUGUGAAUGGACGAAUUCCGAUUUUAAGUUCACCGAUAUGUUGACGGCCCAUCACCAAGUGGACCGUCGAAAUGACAGUGAACUUGCGCUUGCGACGUAUAACGGAACGUGUUUGUUACGUUUGUGUUGGAUUGUUUUAUCUUCUGAUAGUUUAGAUUUUUUAAAUUAGCUUUAUAGGUUCUUUGUGAUAAUCAUUUAUUUAUUUGUAUUUUAUUGCGUUUAAAAACGUUCCGUUAUAAUGUGGAUUGAUUAAAUGGUACAGAGACAGUUAAAAAAAAAUGGAUUUUUGAAUAUUUCGAAGUGUUAAAUAUUUUUUUUUUCGUUACUUUCACGUGUAUAACAUAAAUGUCUUGAGCAAAGUUAGAUUGCUUGUAAAGGAGAACAAACCUAAAAAUUUAAUUAAUUACUAGACGACGAGCAUCUCAAGUUCGAAAAUCGAACAAUAAUUUUGUUUGGAAAAUUUAAAUUUCUGAACGUUUCAGAAAAACAAUUGCUCAAAAAAUCAAAUGGCACAGAUAACAGCGAAUUUUUCUGUUGAAUUAUUAAUCUUUUAUGAAUAAAUUCACGAAUUAUUAGACGUAACAUGUAUUUCACAAAAUAUUGUGGUAUUAAAAAGACAUCCUAGAUACUUAAUCCUAUAGUAAUAUUUAUUAUAGAUUACACAUGUACUUAAUAAUACAUAAAAACAAUGCAAGACCGUAUUGUACAUCGUUAGAAAGAGACCCCCAAGCCUUUGUAGAAGGUUAUCUCUGUCACACAUUAAUAUCAUAGAUGUAUAAAAUAGCAUCGUUAAUCCGUAACUUAUAAAAUUUCAAUGUAGUUUUCGACCCGGAAUUGCUGUAGUGGGAACGCGGCACAGGAAGGCCUUUCGAUCGAAUUUACUAGAACCACUGUCGUCGCUUUAAUUCCCAUUACAAUUUCGGCAAAGUCGGUUCUGGUCGUAAGAGCUUUUUUAAAGUAUUUAUUUUCAUUCAUAUUGACGGGCAGAUCUUUGAUCUUUGAUCAAAAAUUACGUUCAUGUGAUAGAGAUAGCGCUACUGCAAUUUGAAUCAGUUUCAAAAAUAUCAACAAUAUUUUUGGAACUACAUAUUUUGAAAACGGGAUCUAUUAAUUGAACAAUAAAAAAUACUGUUUACUAAUAAAGUUUCUGAUAGGCGCUAAGCCAUUUCGCAAAUGAUCCUUGGAACUUCUAAUCGACGUCAGUUUUGCUAUUGACUGCUAAAUAUUAUAUGCAGUCUUCGUAAUAUACUAAUCGCUUAUCACCUUCUCACCAAAAUGUGCCAAAAAUAUCGGCGUAUUCAAGCACGAUUUCAACAUUUCAAUCGAAAAAAAAAUGAAAAUUGACUUUUAGAUCAAUGUACAUAAUUUAGUAGGUUAAUUAGAUAAAAAACAAAAUCUUUAGAGAGUAGCGGAUGUUUACUUCGAAAAUAAUAUAAGUAUAUCCUAUUAUAGAUAAUGUAUUAAAUGAUGUAUUUCAACUGUCAAAUACACUUUAAAGAUAAUCUAAAUCUUUCAAAUAAAUAUCCCACAAUUUCUAGUUAAAUAAAAAAAACAAUUUGAAAAUCGAAUAUGUAGGUUGAUUUUUUAGAUUCUUAAUUUAAAAUGUUUGGCGAGUUGAAAGACAUCAAUUCAAAAUAUCACAAAUUGUAGAAUACACAGGGUUGCAAGAAAAUGAUUAUAAGUAUUUAUUCUUUUUAAUUUCAAUGCAAAGAGGUUUCUUGAAAGUAGCUGUUAUUUAUUUCAAAUCAACUUAACACCUAUUGGGAGUUAGUCUUCUAGACAAAUUGUUUUCUUUCACUCUUGCACUGCAUUCCUGUACAUAUUAUUAACUUGUAGUGAAUUUUACUCUACAACUCUCACUAUUUCACUAUUUUAUAUUUAAGUAUAAUGUAUAGGAAGAGUAUAUAAAAAAAUAACCGUUUUACUGUUGAUAUUUCAACAUUAUCGAGCAGGUGUAUGAAAUAUAAUUUGCUCAAUAAUUCAUAUGAAUUUCGACGAUAAAAUUUUGAUAUAGUUAUGUUCAUGUUAUAUCGUAUACAUUUUGAAUCUAAAACGUAGAUAAGAUUUACAAUAUAUAUAGCUACAUUUCGUAACAAACCUCGGUGAACUUUAUUACAUAUAUAAUCGUAAGUAGUAAUCAUAUUAAAUAAAUACCUUCAUUAAUGGA